AUGACGGGCGAUUCGACUGGACAAGCUUCCGCUCCAUUUCGUGUUACACCCCCUGCCAAUAAUCCCGACCACACACAGCUGGAUAACGACGAACUGCCCAACCAGACACAUGAGUAUGAUUCCCCAUGGGCACGACCGCGUAGGUCCGGAUACAUCCUUGUCUCGACGCUCCUCUAUUUUGCUUUACCCUCUGCUCCUGGACUAUGA